AUGUCAAGUUCGUUGUUGCUUCGUCUAUCAGUGGUGGUGCUGGUUUCUAUGGUCCUGUUGGUGCUCUUCACUUGCACAAUCACCAAUCGUGGCUUGCUCCCUAUCUCAAUCGCCAAUCCAGCAAAUGAGCAUCACGAUCUACCUUGGUACAAACACGCCCAUCGAGCAAUGGUGUCUCCAUUGUUGUCAGCAAAUGCGACUACCAGCGAACGUCAAAAGCUACAAGAAUACUGGAUCGAUGCAGCACGAGCGUUAGCGGACAGGACGUUUGGAGACAGGUUCAAGGAUAAAGUACCAGGAACACAUGUUGAUGUGGCAACACUACGUGCAACGAUCGAUGGGUGGACGCGUGUGGCAAAGAAAGGAGAACAUGAUGGUGGUGGUGGUGGACGAUGGAUCUACAACAACAGUGACAAUAUAGCUACGAUACGGCACAUCCAAGAUGAGUAUUACAGUACAUGUGAUCAUCACUUUUACGCCACACACAGCAACAGCGACAUACGUGAUGCAGUACGGUAUCGAUGGCAACCUGAACAAGAGCAUCCAUUGAUAGCUGAGGAUUUGGAUCGUGACAAAUGGUGCGAGUUGCUGGAUGGAAGGAAUAUCAUGGUUGUUGGUGAUCUUGUGCAGUAUCAGAUCCAUGAGUUACUCCUCGACAUCUUACGUGAUGGCCCCAGUGUAUGCUAUGGUGAGAUGGGAUGCAAACCCCAUACUAUAUGUCAAGAACCACAUCCUCCAGCAACAUUACGCUAUUAUCGCAAUGAUAUCCUUGCCAACAACAAAGAGAUGGUUGAUUCGCACGAUCAUGGACAUCCUUCAGCUUCGGUGGUGCUGGCACCCUUCAUGCACAAGUUUAUGCUACGCGAAUACGAUGUUUACAUUCUCAAUGCGGCAACUGUAGCAGAUGACGAUGAUGAUUCAUUUAUGCAACAACUUGUGGAUACGUUGGCCACAUUACGAGAGCACAAACCCAACGCCUUGGUGAUCUAUACGUCAUCGUAUCAUGGUCAUCCUUACUGCGACGACGCUAUUAUACCACUGGAUCGGCCAUUAACGGACAUUGAGCGGAGGCGACUACCCUAUGGAUGGAGCGAAAUAGCGCGGCGCAAUGCCAUAGCACGCGUUAUUAUCGAAGCUGCAGGUGGCUUAUUUGUGGAUCUCGGUGCAAUCAUGGAAUUAAGACCCGAUGGUCAUAUUGGUGGUCAAGAUUGCUUACGUUAUUGUAUGCCCGGACCUUUAGAUGCGUGGGGAACUCUUUUGUACAACGUGAUGCUUGCCACAGUGUCAUUGGUGGAAUAA